AAGACCCCAGAUGGUCAGACCCCAAAAGCCAUCCAGACCUUCCAGGAACUGGCCUCUUGAGGCCCUGUGUGACUCCAAUGGCGGCCUCCCAGCUGGCUGCUCUGGAAGGAGAGGGGCUGGAGGCUGGUGAGCCAGCCCUGACCAAGGCCAGCCCUGGCGGCUUGUACUCUGAGGCCCAGCGGCUAGCUCUGGAAGCACUGCUGAGCAGUGGGGAAGAGGCCUUCCGGGCCUGUGUGCAGCAGGAGAGGUUGCCCCCGUUUCUGAGUGCAGAUGAGGCUCAGGCCCUGGCUGCAGCUGCUGAAGACUGGACAGUACCAAGCCAGGAGCCAUGUGGAGCAGGCCCAGGGACCGCUGUCACUGACGGGAAUAUUGGCAGCCUGACCUACUGGCCUGGGCAGUCUGAGGAGCCGGCACCCCCGUUGCGGCUGGGCUGGCCGGAGGACACUGCCUGGAAGGGUAUCACCCGAGCUCAGCUCUACACUCAGCCACCAGGCGAGGGCCAGCCACCUAUUAAAGAGUUGGUACGCCAGGAGAUCCAGACUGCUCGAAAGCUGGUGGCUGUAGUCAUGGAUGUCUUCACCGACCCUGACCUGCUCACAGACAUGGUGGAUGCUGCCACACGCCGCUGGGUACCUGUCUAUUUACUGCUUGACCGAGAGCAUCUGCCCGCCUUCUUGGCACUAGCUCAGCAGCUAGGGGUGAACCCCUGGACCACUGAGAACCUGGACGUCCGGACUGUGCAAGGCCACACCUUCCAGAGCCGCAGGCGACGGCAGGUGAGCGGCCAUGUGCGGGAGAAGUUCCUGCUGCUGGACGGUGACAGGGUCAUCUCGGGAUCCUACAGCUUCACAUGGAGUGAUUCACGCCUGCACCGAGGCCUGGUGACCUUGCUCACAGGAGAAAUCGCAGAUGCCUUCAGCCAGGAGUUCCGUGUCCUGUAUGCGGCUUCCAGGUCUCUCCCACCAGCACCAGCUCGAAGCCCCGUGUUCAGCCCUUCUGAGGGCUCACAGCUGCCCCGAAGCCCACACCAUGUGGCCCUACGCUGUCCUGUGGCUCCUGUGGCCCCACUGCUGUCUGACAGGCCUUUGGCUCACCGUCUGGCUGCCUGCCACAUCCUGGAGGGGGACAGACGGGAGACCCCCACCACCACAGGGCCAGCUCUCAGUGACAUCUUGAGGAGUGUACAGCGUACCAGGACAGCCAGUGGUCCCCCAACCAGGCCCAGCCGCUCUCUGUGGGACCUCAGCCGCCUGUCCCAGCUCUCUGGCUCCAGUGAUGGGGACAAUGAGAUCAAGAAGUCCUGGGUCUCCAAGGACACUCCAGCCAGGGCCCUGAUGAGGCAGCGGGGCACUGGAGGGGGGCCCAGGGCUGAGAUGGAUUCCCACCCACUAGCCCGGUCACAGCCCUGGGGUGGCCCCCUCCCCCUGAUUCCAACCCGCCGCCUGCAUUACCUAUCUCCAGCCCAAAGGAGGUUGGGAGACAACGCCACAUCAGAGUGGACCUCUGGCUCGGGCCCUGGAAGGCGACGCUGAUGGGAGCUCUCGCCAGAUAUGGCUGACUAGCCAUGGUCAGCUCAGAGCCCCUGCCAGACACUGGCUGAGUCUGAGGCCUCUGGCCUGGGAUCUGGGCAGUGGAAGGGAUUGGUCUUAAUUGCUCUAGAAUUGGGUGAGCUCAGCAGAGCUAAGGGCUCAGCGUCAUCAUCUGGAAAUGGGCAGAAUGUUCCAGAGCAGCAGAUAGGACUGCUUCAGAGACAGGCCUAGCUGCCCCACCAUGUAUUGUGGGGCGACCCUAGAGGAAAAGCACCCAUACCCAUGUAUGGGGCAGUGGGUAAAGUGAGUCUUGGAAAGGGGUGUUAACAGUGAUGGAGUUUAAGGGGGGGGCAAGGCUGAAAGACAAGGGCCUGGGAAGUACUGGGACACUGAGACAGUGGAAUAUGUCUGGAAUUUUGUGU